UUUUCUCCAGUGCCAUGUGAAUGUCACAUUGACUUGAGUUUCCUCAGUUUUCAGUGACCUUUUAUAUUUCUCUUCAGUUCAGCUCCCGUCUGAUUUAAUGGAUCAGUGCAGAUGCAAUGAAGUUUGACUGACUCAGGUAUUUAGUCAGAUAUUUUAAUCAUGGUUUGUGUUGAGUUAAGCUCUAUAGCUUGCUGUGACUGGAGGAGGAGCGUCUCACACUCAGACAGAGGAAGUGAAGAGAGACCGGAUGUCUGAUAAUAAUAAGCAUUGCAUAUAAUACAUCAACUGUCACCUUUACAUGACACUCAAACCCUGCAGAUCAAACGAGAAUGUUCUGUCUUUUUUCAUUGGUUUCUCUGCUCGUGAUUCCUGUGCACUGCAGCAAGGGAUGGGAUAUUAAAUACUCCAGUAUGACUAAAUGUGCUCUAAAGGGUUCAACAAUAACUUUAUCAGGCUCUUAUAAACACCCAGAUCAUCUCAAAGUGAUAGAGAUAUUCUGGACUGUAAACCCAUCUAAAGGCAAUAGUAUCAAUCUGAUGAAUCAUACAGAUUACAGAGACAGAGUUCAGUUCUUCCCGGGUAAAGAAGGAUUGUUCUUUCUCAAACUCAGUAAUGUGACACAUGAAGAUAAAGGAAUGUACUGCCUCAGAAUCCUGACAGGUGUAGGAGAUCAAAAUUAUCUGGGUUAUCCUGGGCCUGAGCUCAAUGUGACAGAUCUCAGAGUGGAGAUUCCUGCAGAGAUCAUUGAGGGAGCAUCACCUGUAUUAUUUUGUAAGACCACCUGUUACCUCUCAGAUAAAACAGACUUCACCUGGUAUAAAAAUGGCAAGCGUUUAUCAGACUCGAUCGUCUUGGAUCAGCUGUUGCUGUCGUCGGUCAGCAGAGAUGAUACGGGAAACUACAGCUGUGCACCGAGAGAUCAGAAACAUCUGUCGUCUCCUGCCGUCACUCUCAGCGUCAGAUAUCCUCCAAAGAGCGUCUCGGUGUCCAUCAGUCCGUCUGGUGUAAUAGUGGAGGGAGAUUCAGUGACUCUGAUCUGCAGCAGUGACUCAAACCCUCCUGCUCUCAUCUUCAGAUGGUUUAAGGAGAAACAAAGCUCAUCUGUUGGAUCUGGACAGAGUUUCAUCAUCUCCAGCUUUAACUCCAGUCACAGCGGACGCUACUCUUGUGAGGCUCAGAAUCAACAUGGAUCUCAGAGAUCAGACUCUGUGUCUGUAACAUCUGCAGGUGGCCAGAAUACACCUCAAUCUGCACAUGUUCUGUCUGCAGCUGCUGGAAUCUGUGCCGCACUCAUCUGCAUCUGCAUCGUGAUUGUAGUAAUAAAAGUCAUAAGGAAAACAGGAGACUCCGGCGUCCGAGGUGGCAUUUCAAGACAGGAAAGCAACAGCACAGCCGUGACUGACCAGAUGACCACACAUCCUUCAGAAGCAGCCGAUCCUUAUGAUUUUAUGUACGCCAGCAUCUCUCACAAGAAACCCAGAAAGCACCAGAGAGCUGAAGAUGAAGACGAGGUUCAGUACGCCAGUGUCCAGCACCACAGAAACACCAGGAACGUGACUGCGGAGGACAGAUGUCAGUAUGGAGAUGUGAGAGAUCACCGUCCUGCUGUUUCUGCUGGAUUAAAUGCUGAAAGUGCGGAUGAUUUCUCUGUGAUCUACAGCAGCGUUAAAGUUGCAUGAAGAAAUGUAGCAUGUGAUUACUGAAACUGCUCCUCCCUUUUCCUCCACCAAAGUCAGCAUGAAAGAGUGACUAAAAAGGGAUUCUGCUUAACAAACAAGACUUUGUUAUCCAUGGAAUAUAAAUGGAUGGAUAGUUCACAGUAAGAAAUAAAUAAGGUCAAUUUCAAUUUUUCAUUUGUGUUGAUGUUUGUUGAAAGGUGCUUGUGUGACCAUGUACAGUGACUAUAAAUACAUUUGUGUAAGAGACAGGAAGUGUAACUUAGAGCUGUAAGCAAGCCUAAGCAAAAUAUCAAUUUCUGAAAGGAGGAGAGGCUUCAUUACACUGGAUAAACUGCUUUUUUGAGUCAUUCAAUGAAUUGACAUCAUAUCGCUAAUCUUUGCCAUUAUAUGUUCUUUCUUUUUCUCUCUCAAAGCAAACAUGUUUCACAUUCUCACACAAAUCUUUAACAAUAGUGGGGAUGAUGCUUUCAUUUGCUUUUAAAAGAUGCAUGCAUGUUUUUGAGCUCUUCAUGUUGUUGUUUGAUACUCUAUAUAUUACUAAAGGCGAAUUGACUUGUUGAGAAAAGGGUGCAAACACAGAGAAAAAGGAAGUAUGGCGUUCAUUUUAGGUGUGAUACCUAUAAAUAGUUCAGCAGUUUAACACUUAACACUGUUAUCAUUUGCUAUCUAUUCCCAUUCACAGUGAGACAAGGUGUUAGAAUUGUGUAGAAAAGACUGAGUAAACAAUAAAAUAAAGUCUGUGUUCGCUGAAUGCUGUUUUGGAGUUUAAUAACUUUUGUUGAUCCUGUAUGAAUAAAUACGAGUGAAGCUCUUUAAACCAGUGCUUCUCGAUCGAGGCCCCAGUGAUCCUCCAGGCCUGUAGUAAGUGUCAAAAAAGGGUCAAAGCUCUAAGGCUCUGCUCAAACAACUGCUAUGAAAGUAAAGGGGUAGAAAACUGGAGGUACACAAGCUUUUAAUUUUCUUCCUGUUGGCCACUACUUAAUAAAACAUAGCUAUUUUGUGAUAUUAUGAGCAGAGUUGCUACGGUUGAGGUGGUGGAUGUUUACCAAAAGUAUUGUAAUGUAAGGAUAGUUAUCCUCAAGUUGCGAUGGACAGAUGUGUCAUAGAGCGAUUUGUCAUAUGAAGUUGAUAUUCACAAAAUGCUUUACACUGAAGGUGUUGCAUGCUGCUCACAACAAGGAAGCACUGAAACGCAAAGAUAAAGAGGAAGAGACACACAGAAGUGUAAUGCUCUCCAGCAUUGCCACACCUUUAGUUAAGGAUUAAAUCUAUUAAGUAAGCAAUAUGUAUUAUGAACUAAACAUUCUCACACGCAUUUUCACAUUUGUAGCAGGUGUCUGGCUUUACAAAAGGAGCAACACAAUAGAGUUUAUUGAGACACUGUUACAUUCACUGACUUUCUGUUUCCUUAUUUGGUCAUUUUCCUGUUCUUGUUCGGUCACUUCACCUACAGCGAUAUCAUUGACUUGCAAAUUAAUGCACAGACACUGUUUAAACUGAACAGAGAUGACUUCACU